AUGUUUUCGAAUCCAUGUCAUGCGCUUAGACAGAGGUACCCUGGGAGGUCCAUCCAGAUUGCAGAUUUGGCGAUGGAGCAUGUCGGCGCCCAAGUGGAUCCCUUCUUCUUCUUCAGGCUUGAAGCAGCUUUGCAUGGGCAGGCAGCAAUCGAGAGUUACUUUCUUGAAAUAGGUGCCAAUGUCGACGGUUCGUGCGAAGGAUACUCUGCGCUCGCGAGCGAAGAAGAACCUGCCAUCUCAGGGGCCGGAAAAGGUGGACACAUGGAGGUUAUGCACAUCCUGCUCGCCGCUGGUGCAUUCAUAAUUCUGAGCCUGACUAUUCGUCCAGAGCAGACAGCCAUCCACUUGGCAUGCUCUUCGAGUAACCCCGAAGCGAUCCGUCUGAUGAGACAUUGGAAAACCCUUGCCUUUGAAGCACUUCAAGAAGCCAAAUCACACGGAACACCGGCAGUGGAAGCAUUGCUGGAAGGUUCUGAUCGUCCGUUCCAGUUUUGCGACGGAUCGCUCCUGAUGCCGUCGCAGCAAACCAUCCCGUCCAUUUUUCGCAAAACAACGUCGGGGCUGUGGCAUGCAGUCCAUUCCGCCUGGGCGGACAUUCUGGCGUUGGUCCUGGAUACAUGCCACGGCAAUCUGGCAAAGGAGGGACCGGUUGCCAAAGGGUUGCAAAUGACAUCGUCCGAGCUUUUGGUGGGGAAUGAUUACUAG